GCCCACUGUUCGUCACCCUUCGUGCCCAGCAUCAUCACCCUCGGUUGUCCGGUGCCGCGACCUCGACCGCACCCUUGGCUUCUUUGCACCAUCCGCAGCAGCAGGAGACAGUUUGGGCCUUUUGGGCUUCUUGGGGAGACACGACAGGGGGUUCUUGCCCUUCUUCUUCUUUCUGUCAGAGAGACAUCAAUCAACGGGGGUUGCGGAAGGUGACACACACGAACCAGUGGUGUCUGCCGUGCGGCCUACUUUUUCUUCUGGGCUGCGUCCUGGUCUUGUUGUGCUUUGGCAGUGGCGUCUUUCAGAAAAGGCCGUUCCCACUCCCUCGGACCCGCCUGCUGCUCCUCACGCUGAACACACGCUUGACGCACCGAUUCGAUCCAUGUGUAUGAAUGAGUAUGGUGUGGGUCUGCCUGCCCAGCCCACCUUGCUGAGGGAUGCCUUGGCCGCAUCUGAGGGCUCCUCGAUGAGCGGCACGCUGCCGUGAAGAUACAGCAACGGCACACGUGGAAUACGCCUGUCAGAUGAAUCAAUCAUCGUUAUUCCGCUCCAUCAAGCAUGGUUGUAUUGGUGCCGCCUGCGAUCAUGCCGUGAGUGCCGUGCCGACCUGACGAAUGCUUGCAGGGUGCGAUCCUGCGUCGCCACGCAGAAACGGUGCGGAUUGGAGGACCCUGCACACACAAUGAAUGACACACAACCUCAAUCACAGCAGUGUAGCGCCCUUGGCGUACCGAGGAGUUGCUUGAUGCACUCUGCUGCAUCGAUGGUGCCCUCCUCCCCCUCGUCCAUCUUGCGCCUCUUCCAUGCCCGCCAUCCGCCACCCUCGAGGCUCUCGCGGCUCUGCACAGCCGAGGUGGGCACCACACGAUGAACCACAUCGUCGUCGUCUUGAGGACAAUCGACCUCUCGCGGCCUCUUCUUGGCACCUGGGGUACAUGGUGGACAGACAGGGUGCUCAACACUACUCGCGGAACAGUCAGUACCUGGCGGUGGCGUGCUGGCAUCGUGGUCCGCUAAUUCGAGCCCCUCGGCCUCGAGGUCAUUUGCAUCAUCCGCUGCUUCUGGUGGUGCAUCCUUGCCGUCUGGUGGCUUUGGCGCUUCCUGGAUGGCCUUGGUGUGAUGGCACUUGUGCCUGAAUAGUGAGUCGAGGGAGCGGGCAAGACAACGAAUGGGUGAGUGCUGCUGAUUGACUGACCUGUAGAAGUUCUUGGCAACGAGCACCGCCCCGAGGAGGUCAGGCCCCAGCUUCCGCAACUCAGCCAUGGUACACGUUGUCACAACUGAUGAAUGAAUGUACCAGGAUAGAUACACAUCACAUAUAUCGGUUCGUUGGCCUCCAUCAUCCUGACUGACCGACCUGGUGUGCAUCUCCCUCCCAGCAUCUUGGGCAGCUGUUCCUUGAUGUGCACCUUCUGCUUCAACGACGCCUGGAUGAACGGACCGUCAACUGAGCGCAUUGACAACACAACAACAGACAGGGAUGGAUGAGUGAGAUCCGCCAUGGUUCUUGCCUGCCUGAUAGGCUUACUGAGGACGCGAUAUGGUUCGUCGAUUCCGCAUGCCACCCUGUAGAAGCGCAUGAUGCGCCUGAACUGCUUCUGACGCUUCGCCUUCAU